AUGAUUGAUGUUGACUUUAUUACUUCAGACUUUUCCAAAGUGAAAGUCUUCACCUCAGUUUCGUUGUUUUGUGGAAUCAUAUAUUUUGUUGCAAAAUUAAACAAGACCAUCAACUCAAUCUUGGUAUUCUGCUGGGCAUGUUUCGUGAAGCCAUUGAUUCAGAAAAAGACCGUCAAGGCUGGAGUGAAAAACCAACAGCAAAAUUUAGAAUUGUUUUACAAAAAUCAAGCCCACAUAUACGACACUACAAGAACCGUUUUGCUCAAAGGUAGAAAAGAAUGUCUCAGAUUGGCCAUUUCACAUUUGCAAAAGAAGAAAGAUUUGGUUUGGAUUGAUAUCGGGGGAGGUACUGGUUCAAACAUUGAGUUUAUGAAUCAGGUCAGCAAUAUUUCUAAAAACUUUAAAGCGGUGUAUUUGGUUGAUCUUUCACCUUCAUUGUGUGAAGUUGCCAGAAACAGGUUUGCUGCUCAUGAAUGGACAAAUGUACACGUAUUGGUUGCCGAUGCUUGUGAUUUCACAAUUGACUACAAAAGUGCUGACUUGAUCACUUUCUCAUACUCAUUGUCAAUGAUUCCAACUUUCAAUGCUGCUAUUGACAACGCUGUGUCCAAAUUGGACAAACAAGGUAUUAUUGCUACAGUUGACUUUGGUAUUCAAAGCAAUGACACUUCCAUAGGAAGAGUCAACACCUUGGGUGGAUUGGUCAACAGAAACAUGCCUUGGAUUUUGAGAAAUUUCUGGCGAAUUUGGUUUGAAGCUGACAAGGUCUUUUUGGAUUCUUCCAGAAGAAAUUAUUUGGAAUACAAGUUUGGUACAAUCAAGUCGGUCAAUCAAUACAACAAGACAUUGGGCAGAAUUCCAUACUACAUUUGGAUUGGUUGUGACAAGGCAAGAUCUACUCAAAUUUUGACCAGAUUGAAUUGCUUGGCUACCGAAUCACCAUAUCUUGCACCUUCCACCUCCCCAACCCCCCAACCAGGCUCAUCAGCACCAGUUUCCAAAGGUCAUGAAGCUGCUAUCGCCAACUUGCAAAAGAACCUUCCAUUUCCUUCUCUUUACUACCAGAGGGAAGUUUGGAGAGUCUAUUAUGACGAGAUGAACCACUUGUAUGAGCAAUUCAAAAACCAGUACAUCUACGCCUUUACUUGGGAAGAUCCUAGAGAGGAUCACAACAUCUUAAACUUCACCAGUGAUGAUACCGUGUUGGCAAUUACUUCUGCAGGUGACAACAUCUUGAGCUAUGCCUCUUUGGCAAGCCCACCAAAAAGAAUCCACGCAGUUGAUUUGAACCCAUGUCAGAACCACUUGUUGGAAUUGAAGUUGGCCUCUUUUAGAACACUUAAGCAAGACCAAAUUUGGCAAAUGUUUGGUGAUGGACGCAUUGACAACUUCACCGAUCUCUUGAUUGACAAAUUGGGUCCUCACAUGUCCUCAAAUGCUUUCCAAUACUGGAUGGAUAAAGGACCAAAAGCAUUCGCUGGAAAAGGUCUUUACGACACCGGUUCAAGUAGAUGGGCUAUCCGAUUGGCCAGAACUAUCUUCAAAGUUUGUGGAAUCUCAAAGCAUGUUUCAGCAUUGUGUAAAGCGUCAAGAAUUGAAGAGCAAAAGCAAAUCUGGAACGAUCACAUCAAACCCGUUUUGUUCAAUCCUGUUGUUGCUUCGUUCUUGGUCGGAAACCCUAUUUUCCUUUGGAAGGCGUUGGGUGUUCCUGCUAACCAAGCCAAAUUGAUGGGACCAUCAGUUAUUAAAUACGUCAUUGAUACUUUAGAGCCAAUCAUCGAAAGAUCAUUGAUUUCAGAAGACAACUAUUUUUACUACUUGUGUUUGAUGGGUCGCUAUUCUAGAACCAAUUGUCCUGAUUAUUUAACAACCAAGGGAUACAAAAGAUUGACAGGUCAAAAGUCGGUCACCGGUGAGAUUCCAAUUGACAAUAUUAGAUUACACACAGACUUGUUGAAUGAUGUGUUUGCCAGAUUGAGUAACAAGUCCAUUACGAUUGCAAUCAUCAUGGAUCAUAUGGACUGGUUUGAUCCAAAUGGCGUCGAUGUCAUCAAUGAAAUCACUGCCAUUAAGCAAUGCCUCGUGAAGGGUGGAAGAGUCAUGUUGAGAUCAGCAGCUACUCAUCCUUGGUACAUCAAGACAUUUGAAUCGCUUGGAUUUGAGUGCAAAGCUGCUACAAUUAGAGAAUCUGGGAAAAGUAUCGACAGAGUCAACAUGUAUGCAUCGACAUGGGUAUGUACCAAGCUCGAUGGUGAAGGCAAUGACGAUGAAAUUGUUGUUGGCGAUGUUGAAAUUGAAAAGUUGGAUGCUGGCCGUCGUAGAAUGAGUAGCUUGAGGAUUUAG